CUUGGGCGCUGAUCUUAAACUUCAGCAAAGUUUGCAACGGGGCAAACACGUGCGGCUUCCCCGCCCGGCUCCGAGCUCCCUGAGCGGCAGCCGGUCACCAGCGUGCGGUUGGUCUUCGUCGUUUCCCCAGCCGCCGUGCCCCCUGCGCUCUCACGCGACCCGCCGCUCCAAGAGGCUUCAGGAGGCGGCGGCGACAGCGCGUAGCGGGCGCCCGGAGGAGCCCCGGGAGGCGGGGUCAGGGCGGGCCGGCGCUCGGUUCCCGGAAGCCGCUGCCUGCCUGCUAGGCUCCCGCCGAGCGGACCGGCGCGGGGGCCGGAGCUCCAGCAUCCUCACCCGCGCUUCCCGGAGCUGCCGCCCGGCCGCGCGCACCGCCAGCGAGAUGCUGCCCGUGCACACCGAGGUGAAGCCCAACCCGCUGCAGGACGCCAACCUCUGCUCGCGCGUGUUCUUCUGGUGGCUCAACCCGUUGUUUAAAACUGGUCACAAGCGGAGGUUGGAGGAAGAUGACAUGUUCUCAGUGCUUCCGGAAGAUCGCUCAAAGCACCUUGGAGAGGAGCUGCAAGGGUACUGGGAUAAAGAAGUUCUUCGCGCCAAGAAGGAUGCACGGAAGCCUUCCUUAACGAAGGCAAUCAUAAAGUGCUACUGGAAAUCUUACGUGAUUUUGGGCAUUUUUACGUUAAUCGAGGAGAGCACCCGAGUAGUUCAGCCUAUAUUUUUAGGGAAAAUUAUUGAUUAUUUUGAGAAGUAUGACCCCGACGACUCGGUGGCUCUGCACACGGCUUAUGGCUACGCGGCGGUGCUGUCCGUGUGCACGCUCAUCCUGGCCAUCCUCCAUCACUUGUACUUCUACCAUGUGCAGUGCACAGGGAUGAGGCUGCGGGUCGCCAUGUGCCACAUGAUUUACCGCAAGGCACUCCGGCUAAGUAACUCGGCCAUGGGGAAGACAACCACGGGUCAGAUCGUCAACCUGCUGUCCAACGAUGUGAACAAAUUUGACCAAGUGACAAUCUUCUUGCACUUUCUGUGGGCAGGGCCACUGCAGGCCAUCGCGGUAACCAUCCUUCUCUGGAUGGAGAUAGGAAUCUCCUGUCUGGCGGGCCUGGCCGUCCUGGUUAUUCUUCUGCCUCUGCAAAGCUGCAUCGGGAAACUGUUCUCGUCGCUGAGGAGCAAAACUGCGGCUUUCACGGAUGCCAGGAUCCGGACCAUGAAUGAGGUCAUCACGGGCAUGAGGAUAAUAAAGAUGUAUGCAUGGGAGAAGUCGUUCGCCGAACUCAUCACCAAUCUGAGAAAGAAGGAGAUCUCCAAGAUUCUGGGCAGCUCCUACCUCCGAGGGAUGAACAUGGCAUCAUUCUUCAUCGCCAACAAAGUCAUCCUGUUUGUGACCUUUACCACCUACGUGCUGCUUGGCAAUCAGAUUUCCGCUAGUCACGUGUUCGUGGCCAUGACCCUGUACGGUGCUGUCCGGUUGACGGUCACCCUCUUCUUCCCGUCAGCCAUUGAGAGAGGGUCUGAGGCCAUUGUCAGCAUUCGGAGGAUCAAGAACUUCUUGUUGCUUGAUGAACUACCGCAGCGAAAAGUUCAGGAACCAUCUGAUGGCAAAGCCAUCGUUCACGUGCAGGAUUUUACCGCUUUCUGGGACAAGGCAUUAGACACUCCUACCCUACAAGGUCUUUCCUUUACUGCCAGACCUGGAGAGUUGUUAGCCGUGGUUGGCCCAGUCGGAGCAGGCAAGUCAUCGCUGCUGAGCGCAGUGCUGGGUGAGCUGCCCCCCACCAGUGGGCUGGUCACCGUGCACGGAAGAAUCGCCUACGUUUCUCAGCAGCCCUGGGUGUUCUCGGGAACCGUGAGGAGCAAUAUUUUAUUUGGGAAGAAAUAUGAGAAGGAACGAUACGAGAAAGUGAUCAAGGCCUGCGCUCUGAAGAAGGAUUUGCAGCUUCUGGAGGACGGAGAUCUGACCGUCAUAGGAGACCGGGGAGCCACGCUGAGCGGCGGCCAGAAGGCGCGGGUGAACUUGGCACGGGCAGUGUACCAGGACGCUGACAUCUACCUCCUCGAUGACCCGCUCAGUGCUGUCGAUGCGGAAGUGGGCAAGCACCUGUUCCAGCUGUGUAUCUGCCAGACUUUGCACGAGAAGAUCACCAUCUUAGUGACUCACCAGUUACAGUACCUCAAAGCUGCAAGCCAUAUCCUCAUCCUCAAAGAUGGUGAAAUGGUGCAGAAGGGAACCUACACGGAGUUUCUGAAAUCUGGUGUAGAUUUUGGCUCCCUGUUAAAGAAAGAAAAUGAGGAGGCGGAGCCAUCCCCAGCCCCAGGAACCCCGACACUUAGGAACCGGACCUUCUCCGAGGCCUCGAUUUGGUCUCAACAGUCAUCCAGACCCUCGUUGAAAGACGGGGCCCCAGAGGGCCAAGACGCAGACAACACACAGGCAGUGCAGCCCGAGGAGAGCCGUUCAGAAGGGAGAAUCGGCCUCAAGGCCUACAAGAAUUACUUCGCCGCGGGCGCGUCCUGGUUUUUCAUCAUCUUCCUAGUUCUACUUAACAUGGCGGGCCAGGUUUUCUAUGUUCUCCAGGACUGGUGGCUUUCCCACUGGGCGAACAAGCAAGGCGCACUGAACAGCACCAAAAAUGCAAACGGAAAUGUAACGGAGACCCUGGAUCUCAGCUGGUACUUAGGGAUUUACGCAGGUUUAACUGGAGUCACCGUCCUUUUUGGCAUAGCGAGAUCCCUACUGGUGUUCUAUAUCCUCGUGAACGCUUCCCAGACUUUGCACAACAGGAUGUUUGAGUCCAUCCUGAAGGCUCCGGUGUUGUUCUUCGAUAGAAAUCCAAUAGGGAGAAUUCUGAAUCGUUUCUCCAAGGACAUUGGACACAUGGAUGACCUGCUCCCCCUCACGUUUCUAGACUUCAUCCAGACAUUGCUCCUCGUCAUAAGCGUGAUCGCAGUGGCGGCGGCCGUGAUCCCUUGGAUCAUCAUACCUUUGGUUCCACUCUCAGUCGUCUUCCUGUUUCUUCGGAGAUACUUCUUAGAGACUUCACGGGAUGUCAAGCGCCUGGAGUCCACAACGCGGAGCCCGGUGUUCUCCCAUUUAUCGUCCUCCCUCCAGGGACUCUGGACCAUCCGGGCUUACAAAGCCGAAGAGAGGUGUCAGGAGCUGUUUGAUGCACACCAGGACUUGCAUUCAGAGGCGUGGUUCUUGUUCCUGACAACAUCGAGAUGGUUUGCUGUGCGUCUGGAUGCCAUCUGCGCCAUCUUUGUCAUCGUCGUUGCCUUCGGGUCCCUCAUUCUGGCAAAAACUUUGGAUGCUGGGCAGGUUGGCCUGGCCUUGUCCUACGCCCUCACGCUCAUGGGGAUGUUCCAGUGGUCCGUGCGGCAGAGCGCCGAAGUAGAGAAUAUGAUGAUUUCUGUGGAGAGGGUGAUUGAAUACACAGACCUAGAGAAGGAGGCGCCUUGGGAAUGCAAGAAGCGCCCACCCCCAGGCUGGCCACAUGAAGGAGUAAUCGUCUUUGACAACGUGAACUUCACCUACAGCUUAGAUGGGCCUCUGGUUCUGAAGCACCUGACUGCACUCAUCAAGUCCAGAGAAAAGGUUGGGAUUGUGGGGAGAACUGGAGCUGGAAAAAGCUCCCUCAUCUCAGCCCUCUUCAGGCUGUCGGAACCUGAAGGGAAGAUCUGGAUCGAUAAGAUCUUGACAACUGAAAUUGGACUUCACGAUUUAAGGAAGAAAAUGUCAAUCAUACCUCAGGAACCCGUCCUGUUCACUGGGACGAUGAGGAAGAACCUGGACCCCUUCAACGAGCACACGGACGAGGAGCUGUGGAGUGCCUUGGAGGAGGUACAACUUAAAGAGGCCAUUGAAGAUCUUCCUGGUAAAAUGGAUACUGAAUUAGCAGAAUCAGGAUCCAAUUUCAGUGUUGGACAGAGACAGUUAGUGUGCCUCGCGAGGGCAAUUCUAAAGAAAAACCGGAUACUGAUCAUUGAUGAAGCAACUGCAAAUGUGGAUCCAAGAACCGAUGAGUUAAUACAGCAGAAAAUCCGGGAGAAGUUUGCCCAGUGCACAGUGCUCACCAUUGCACACAGACUGAACACCAUCAUUGACAGUGACAAGAUAAUGGUUUUGGAUUCAGGAAGACUGAGGGAAUAUGAUGAGCCGUAUGUUUUGCUGCAGAAUCCAGAGAGCCUCUUCUACAAGAUGGUUCAGCAGCUGGGCAAGGGCGAAGCCGCUGCCCUCACCGAAACAGCAAAGCAGGUGUACUUCAGACGGAAUUAUCCAGAUAUUACAUUCACCAGCCCCGUGGUUAUGAACACCUCCAAUGGACAGCCCUCAGCCUUAACAAUAUUUGAAACAGCAUUGUGACUACCAGGACAUCGUAAAGUCUGUUUUGAAGGUGUCCCCCACCCUGCCAAGGGGCUUGCACUUCGUAGACUACAGCACGCCUGGUUUUCAUUCUGCAACAAGUCCUUCACAGACAAGAGACUGGUGUCUUUGGAUUUUCCCCUCCGACUUUACUCUGUGAUUUCAGGUUCUAGCAAAAUGGCCCAUUGAUUUAUUUACAAAUUCCUGCUGUUCUUUACAAAUCCAGUUCUGAGGUGCAAGCCACCAACAGCUGUCUACCAGGUUUUGUGCCUUAACAGACUCUAGGGCCAAAGCCCAUUCAUUUUGUAAGCGAAUGGUCACAGUGGGCUGCUCCUUCCUUCUGCCUUAAAAGUACAUUCUGCAUGUGUCAGGGACUCUGUUUCCUUGCAGACCGUCUGCAGUUGUACACUCUGCAUGUGUCAGGGACUCUGUUUCCUUGCAGACCGUGUGCAGUUGCCAGUUGGUCUCCCUGCUCUCUUACCAAGGCCUCUGGUUAAAAUAGAACAGGGAGAAUUAACAGGAACCACAACAACACCAACAAAACAAACAAAAGAACAUAUAAUUUUAUUUAAGUAACUUUGCUCUACAGAGACUAUCCCACCACCUACACAUAUGUAGAGAUAUAUGUCUAAAGUGUGGGAGACAUUUAUGCUGGAAAAUCGACUUCUGCUUUCUCAGGCUGGGAGGCCGGGCGGUGGCCAGGUGCCUCUCCCCCUUCCAUCUGUGUGAGCCCCUAUGGGCUUCUCUUGCACUGAUAGACUCAGCACAGUGACACUUCCCCAGGACAGUGACUCCCAGAUGCAUAAGAGUAAUCUCAUUUGGCUUCUGGUUUACAGAAGGUAAAGCUCCUAUUGGCUGUGAGCCUUUCCUGAAGUCCUUUCAAAUUGACACCCAAAGCUCUCCCUCCCCGGCUAGUGAGAACCUGAAAAUCUUACAGCCGCUGGCUGUGCAUUCUCAGGGUCUGUGCACAAGCUCCUCUCUCUAGAGCCAGGUUAGUUAGGCUCUGACCACUAAUGGCAGGUCUUAAGGGCCUUCUGAUUAGUCAGUCAACAAACCACAACACUUCCUAGGACCUGAUAUACUUCGUAUAACUAUAGGUCUGAAGUUUUUCUGGGUGGUGGUGGCAAAGGUCUAUGUUGAGUUCAAGUUAUUGAAAGUUUUAACUGUCAUCAUGUAAAGGGGACUCUUCAUGACCUAUCACAGUAAACCAUCCUCAAGUUACCUAUGUUAAUAUAUAGACACACUCAUUUAGGUGCAUAUGUGUGUAUGUAUAUCAACAACACAUAUAUACAUACAUACAUACAUACAUACAUACAUGCAUACAUACAUAAUCAGGUUUUUAGACUGGUUAACAGAACAAAGUCUGUAUUAUAAAAUGGAACCUCAGAAAGCACAAAUGUACCAAGCCACCACCAAAAACCACGUGGAGCACAGUGACUGUCUCGGUGUGCAGAAGACUGUAAUGAAUGUAAUAAUGUUUAGUGCAGUAAAUGGUGCGCAUUCAUCCUUUAUCGGUAGCCACAGUUUAUAUUUCAAGAGACUGAGAUGCAACGCUGACAAUAUUAAGGUCUGUUUGAAUAUUUAGAAAUGUCUUAAUGUAUAUAUGUUUAUGUUUAUUUGGUCUUUAGAGAUUAAAAACAGUCACGCAGAUGCGUUCCUAUUUCAUUUCCAUUUUUUACACUAUCACAGGACAAGGCAAAUUCAACUGAAAUAAAUGGCAGUUUUCACCCAGA